GUCGUUACAUGCAUUCAGCCUCUCCCGAAUUCGACAUUUCUGCUCAAUAUGAGAGAGAGUCUCGAAGAUCAUCACUUUCCAAGGGAUCUAUCUGCUUGUUGUUCCUCCACGUGGCCAAUUGUCGUUUUGGCCACACACUUCAAGCACAACCAUGCGCGUGACCUCGAUUCUUGUGGCUCUCGCCGCCGCCGUAGCAAUGGCGUCGGCCAAUGACGUCGCCACCAACACAGACGCCUCGGCGGUCGGCAGCGACGGGGCGGCAUUGACCCAACUGGCGGCAGAGAUUGAGAGUUUGAAGUCGGCGAAUGAAGAAUUGGACGCCAAGUACAAACAGGAGCGAGAGCAAGUGGCAGCCCUGCUGAAUGUCGUCGACGAACUCAAGGUGUCGUCAGCAGACAUGGGCACCAAGCACGACCAAGUGGUUGCGCUGGAAGAAGAUUUGGAAGCGCUGCGGAAAGCAUCCCAGAAGGCUGAGCGCACGUUUAAGGAGAACACAGCCAACUUGGAAAAGAGCCUCAAGACCAUCAGUGCGGCCGCGAGGGAAGCGGAGGAAAGCCGCCAGGCCGACAAAGUGCAGGCCACGGCCACGCUCAAGUCGGUGGAAGGGGUGGUGACGUCGCUCACGACGCAGUUGAACGACGUGAACCUGGAAGUCGCGGGGUUAAAGAAACGCAACUCGGAGCUCGAGGCGCAACUGGGCAACGUGCAUGCGGACACGUCGGCGACGACGGAGCAAUUGGUGGCGUUGAAGGACACGUUGCAGGCGAAAGCGACGUCGUUGGCGACCGAGAACAAGGAUUUGAAGGACAAAGUAGCCGAAUUGGAGCUCCAAGUUGCCGCCGACCAAGUCGACAUUUCCAAGCUGGAGGCCGAAGUCAAGGCCACCAAAACCAAACUGGGUCAAAUCGCGACGUUGCAAACCCAACUCAAGAAUGCCAAGCAGAAAAUCGUCGACCUGGAAGAGGACGUGAAGAAGGCGGACGCGGCCAUCAACUGGCAAGCGGUGUUCUCGACGUACUACGACCACGUCGCCAACACGUUGGAGCACUCGGACGAUUACGUGGCGCUGGCCAAGUCGAAGUCUAUUGAGAUCUACGACAACCACGUCCAUCCCAUCACGCUGGAAGCCCUCAAGCAUGCGUCGACGUUGUCCACGUCCGCGCACGCAUUGUACAAGCAGCAUGCCGCCCAACACGUGGACCCAGUCGUGGCCCAAGUGGUUCUGGCGGCCGCGCCGCACUACGCCGCCCAUGCCCCCGCCUUGCAGGAACAAUACUCGAAGUUUGUGGAAAGCGCGCGACGUGUGCUCAACACGGCCGACCAACGCUUCCGCAUGACGCGCAAGUGGUGCAUUGGCCGACUGAAGAAACUCUACCCCCGCAUUGCCAAGUACGCGCGUCAAAUUGUGGACUUUACCAUCUUCUUGUUGGCCCUUCCCUUGGCGUUUGCCGCGUACCGCGUGGUCGUUGAGGUGAUCUCGUGGACGUUGUACCUUGCGACCUGCUGCUGCUGUUUUGGCCUCUUUGGCCGCAAAGCUGUCAAGCACAACACAGCCCAACCCGUGAGCGCCCCGCCUGCUGCUACUGUCGCCAAACCCACCACCCCUUCGGUAUCCUCCUCGAAGAAGGGAAAGAAAGGUGAUGCCGCGAAAAAGAACCAAUAGGAAGAUCGUAACGGUCGAUUGGGGUUGGUCGAAUUAUAGAUUUUACUGUCCAAUGGAAGACGUCAAAAACUUGUCCCAUGUGUUCGAUUCGCUGAAAUAUAUUGAAUAGUAUUACUAAUAAGGUACAAGAAACAGGACCAUACUUUUUCUCC